AAAUUGCAAACAGAAAGUAAUAAUUGUAAACGGUAAAGUUGUUCUUUCAAGUGUAAAUCGGUUUGUUGCCCCAAACGUAAUUUUGCUGUUAAUACCUUAUUUUAACGUUGUUUUUCGUGUGAUAUGGAUACGAAUGAGGUCAGCCAUGUUCCAUAAUCGGUAUUUUUCGUGUCAAUCUAUGUCCGAAUCGCGGAGUGCACAAAAUAAGCCCGAUUCGCCCGAUUUAAAUACUGUUAAAUACUUACUAUUAAACUGCAAUGAAUAAGUCUUUCUUUAUGGAAAGCGAAUGCUUAUCGAGAGUGAGGGACGAGUGGUAUUAAGAGAGAUUGCAAAGUUAGUGUUAAUAUGGCGGCGUUAAGAGAUCAGUGGGUGGUAUGCAGUACAAAGAUGAGGCGUUUCUGCUAUUAUCCAAAGACUCCUCGAAAAGAAGAGCUACAACCAUGACAAAUGUACAAAAUCCUGAGGAUAUUAUGACAUCCGAAAACACUUGACGUAAAUCAGUUAUAGGAUACAUUGGACGCAUUAAAAGAACUAUCAACAUUUUAUGGCGAGAACACUAUUCAAGCCAGACGAAAUCUACGAAGUCAGAUUGAAAAAAGAAGUUUGGAAAUUAAUCAGAAUUUUUUAGCAUCAUUUCGAGAAGUAAAAGAUGUUUUUGACAAUGUGUAUCAAGAUGUGGUGGAAAUGUCUCAGUCUAUCGAAGAAAUGACCACAAAAUUAAAAAAUGCAAAAGCACAAACAAAACAGCUCUUGGAAAGAACUAGACAAUUGCAAGAAGAAAGUGUUAAAAAUGACAUGAAACAAACUGUGUCCAAAGCAUUUUUAGAAAAAUUUCAGUUGACUCCAGAGGAAGUUGUUAUACUUCAUGGUUCUAAACAUAAAAGAGAUGUAACAAUUUCAGAAGAAAUAUUUGUAGUGUUAGAGAAGGUACAGAAAAUUCAUGCAGAUUGUAAAAUUCUUCUGCAGGCAGAGCAUCAGAAACUGGCCUUGGACAUAAUGGAUCAAAUGACUUUACAUCAGGAAGGUGCCCUUGAACGAUUAUACCGCUGGAGCCAAAAUUACUGUCGAAAUGUUGAUAAUCCAGAAUUUACUGAAUUGGUAACACGUGCAAUGGGUUGUUUACAGACAAGACCAGUACUUUUUAAAAAUGUUUUAAAUGAAUAUUGUUCUUCAAGAAGAGGUGUAUUAGCUGGUGAAUUUAUAGAUGCCUUGACUAGAGGUGGGCCUUCAGGUAAUCCAGCCCCUAUAGAAAUGAGGGCUCAUGAUCCUCAGAUUUAUAUAACAGAUAUUCUAGUUUGGUUGAAUAAAGCUAUUCCAAUUGAAAAGCGUAAUUUGGAUCUAUUAGUAAAAACAUGUAAUAAAGAAGAAUUAAAAGAGAUCUUGGAUGAAGCAUUAGCUAACAUUUGUGAAGGGAUUUGCCAACCUUUGCAAAUAAGGAUUGACAAAAUACUGAAUAUUUCUAUAGAUGCAUCAAUUCUGUAUGCUGUCACUAAUUUGAUAAGAUAUUACAAGAAAUCAAUAGGAAAGAUAACGCAAGGAGGUUUAUUGAACACAGUAUUAGAAGAAAUGCAAACCAAGAGUGAGCAAAUAUUCCUUUUGGCCUUACAAAAUCAGGUGAACAAUGCUUUGGUUCGCGUAGAGGCUCCUCCCAGGGAUUUGUCUCCGACAUCUUCAAUUCAUCAUUUAAUAAGCCUUUUAAGGGAUAUGCUUUCCACAGCUAGUAUGAGUGAGGGAAGGGAAAUUGACAUGAUAAAGAUUGCUCAGUGUGUUGUUGAUCCACUGUUGAGAGCAGUCAAUGAGCAGGCAUCUAGACUACCACCUACUGACAUGGCAGUUUAUACUCUUAACUGCAUGUAUUCCUUAUACACCUGCUUAUCUCUUUACGAAUUUAUGGAUGAAAAGAUUGAAAGGUUACAGGCUCAAUCGGAUGCUCAAGUAGACACAUUGACCUCCGAACAGGCAAGCAAUUUGGUUGCGAAUAUGAACCUAGGGCCCAUUUAUACUAUCUUACAAGACCAUUCACAUGGACCUCUCUCAAGUAUACCUGGAAUGGAGCCCAGUAAUUUAAGAAACUUUUUGGGUAAAUUAGAUUCGGUAAUAUCUGCCCCUGAUACCGUCUUACUGCCUCAGAUCAAUCUAUUAGCAUCUUCAACCCAUAAAAAGGUGAUUCAGAAAAGGGCGUUUGAAGUUUUAUUGGCUAUUUACAAGCAGCUUUACGAAGGGGUUCACAACCCUGUAAAUAUGUACGAAAAUCCAAAUAGUAUUCUUAAUAGAACUCCAGAAGAUCUUUCAAAGAUGCUAAUGUCAUGAUGGAUUAAAUUCUAAAGGUAAAUAUUAGUAAUUUAAGGUUCGCUGGACACUCAGUGAAAUAUAAUAAUAAAUAGUUGAAUAGAUAAACAAAUGAUUCACAAAAUAUAUUAGAAAUACUGUGACAUAUGUGUAACCGAACACUUAAAGACUGGAUAUGGUGUAACAAAUGAAACAUAUGAAAGAGCGUAUUAUCCAAUGUAUAUUGUGAAACAAAAAAACCAAGUCUUUAAUAUAUUUUAAUUGGUUUAAGAGAAAGCUGUUGUGUUAUUAAAAUAAACGUAAAAU